AUGUCCGAUACCGAAGAUAUCAUUUUUAACAAAGCCUAUCGAAUAUUUGAUACUGUUCCAGGCUUUGGAACUUUCUUUUCACUUGUCAGAGCAGUAUGGUAUGGUUUUCAUGGAAAUAUCAAGGAGGCAGCUAUUUCGGCUGUGAAUGCUUUUCAAGGAUCAGUCUGUGACGCUCUAAUAUUUACAGGAAUAGAAGAACCGAUCCGCAUAAUGGUUAUCCAUACAAUGGUUGACAAUACGGCAGAUUUGAUAGUGGAUGAAGCCUUCGAAUGGCUAAAAAAUAAAAUUAAUCAUGAAAAGCUUGAGUCUGAAACUAAAAAAUUGUUAGAAAAGAAAGAUCAUCCCCAUAUAGAUCAUGGUACAGAACAAUAUGUUUUUGUUGUUCAUGAUAAUAAUGAAGAAAAUCAAUUCAAAAAGGACAUGGAACAAUGCUUUAAUGAAAUGUGGCAUAUUGGCCCAGUUAGUGUAUAUUUGCAAUGGGAAAAUCGAGACGCGUCGAGUGAUGAGAACUUUAAUCAUCCGAGUCUUGGUAAAUUAGAAUAUAAACGUGAAGAUAAAAAAAUAACAAUACUUAAAGAGGAUCAUUAUUAUUAUUAUUUUACAGGAAAUUUUAAACCUUUAAAGUUGGAUGGACAUCCAGUUCUAAAAUACGGAAUUCUUUCCUUGGAUAUGAUGAAUUUAAAAAAUGAAUUUAUUACUUCGACAAAUCUUUAUAUAGGUUUAGCAGAGAAUAUUCGCUAUUUUAUUCCAGUGGAAAAUAAUAAAUUUAUGAUUCCUUAUAAAAAUCAAAGAAAUGCAAAUAUUGUUUUUAGAGACAGAAGUAAUGCGGAAAAAAUUGAUGCUAUAUUUUAUUUUGACAAUGCAAAUGGAAGAAUAGUGCAUCUUCGUACUGGAUUGGUAUUGGAAACUGAAAGUAAAGAAUCUUUAAGUUACGUUAUAUUAAAAGAUAUUGAUCAUAGCGUAAACAAGAAAGAUUUUCAGAAAUGGGAUAUAAUAUAUUACGAUAAGGGUUAUUUUAAAAUCUACUUAAGAGCUAAUCAUAAUUUAUUGCUGGACAGUGCCGAUGAAGAUGAUAAUCUCAUGUUAAAAUAUAAACAUAAACGUGAUCUGAAUUGUCAGAACUGGAGUCUUGAAGAAUACCCGUUGUGA